AUGUUAUGUGGAUUUCCUCCAUUUCAAAGUUCCGACGGGUCCCAAGACGAUCUAUUUGCUCAAAUAAUGCGCGGUCGAGUAACCUUUCCAUCGCCAUCAUGGGAUAAGAUCUCUGCAUCGGCUAAAGCGCUCAUUCUACUUCUCGUAAAUACCGAUAAAGAAGAACGAUUCUCAGCUCAUGACGUACUGGACAAUCAAUGGAUCAAGACCCUGUCCGACGUCCCAUCAGAUUUCGAAUCGAUGGCAGAAUUUAUAGUCGAAUCGAGAAUUGAUGCAGAUGUGGACGUUGAAGAGACGGAUCGAGAGUACUAUAUGAGUCGGCGAACCAGUAUGGACGAAUUGAGCGAAAGUGGACGAGCGGAUAGUUACGAGUUCACAUUUUCGAGGAAUUACAGCUAG